AUGUCAACGGGGAAUUUGAACCUGCCGAGCGGCCUUCACCUCCCCGACACUGGAAGCACUGUCGGACCCUCCCCUUUCACAGCGCCAAACGCCUUCUCCGGCGAGUUUCUGGGAUUGCCAAUCAACGAAGACGAACCACAAUUCUGGGGCCUCAGUCCCAUCUCUCCAACAAUGGGCAUGGCAUGGGAUACCAAACCCGAUGCAACGGCCUUUGCCAGCUCAACCCUCGAACGAGACCUCAAGAAUGCUCAGGUCCGCAAUGGUCAACCUACACCGCCCCCCUACGACGACCACGCCCGCGACUUAUCUAGCCUCGAAUUCGAGAGCGCCAGCAAGCGCCGCCGCCUGUGCGAGUCCAAAACCGCAGCAGAUAGUCUGAGCCCAGACCUCGACGACCUCCCUCCUCAAGAGCGAGCGAAACGGGCCAAGUUCCUCGAGCGCAAUCGUCUCGCGGCGAGCAAGUGUCGACAGAAGAAGAAAGAGCAUACACAGAAGCUGGAGUAUCGCUUUAAAGAACAGUCGGAGAAAAAAGAGCGAUUGCAGGGAGAAAUCGCUAGUCUGCGGUCACAGAUCCUGAGCCUCAAGAAUGAAGUCCUGAAGCAUGCCCAGUGCGGCGAUGAGCCCAUUAAGCUUCAUCUUGCACAGAUGGUGAAGAAGAUCACUGAUAGCGACGGCCCGCCCCCGGCCCCAGCGCCCGCCCCAGCUCCAGUGGACCCACCACUCAAUAUCGUGGACCACAUCCCCGUCUCGCCGCCCCGAGCUCCUCCCACGCUUCCACCGACCAAAACACCGAUGACCAGCCAGGCUGCAACAACUUCGAAUCUCUCUUUCGGAUUCGAUCCACUGCAGCUGGAACCCGCUGCGGUGGCAGCGGCAGAGGCCUUUGAACAACAGCUUCGUCGUAAUUCAGAGGCAUCGCUAGUUUCCGAGUCCUCGUACACCUUUUCGGCAGACGAUACCUUCGAUGAUCUGAUCAACGUUUAA